AGAGCGACCCACACACACAUACACACACAUACACGGCCCGACCCUCCCGCGCGCAUCUCCGCUCCACGCUGCGUAACCAACACCUCAGCGAGGAUGGACGGAUGGAUGGAUGCAUGGAUGUGGAUAGAUGUUCCCGUUUAACCCAACGCGCAAAUGAAGACCACUUUAAGUGAUUCUUUAAUUACUUCCAUUGAUUUUUCUCUCGGAUUACAUUUGAUCUGUGAAAAGAAGUGAAGAGGGGUUUUUAUUUUUGAAGAGAGAAGGAAAAAGAAAGGAAAGCUCCGGGCUGCUGAGAAAGGCUGGGUGCGCUAGAAACACGGAAAGUCACGGAUCAUGCUUAUGGGAACUUCCGAUUCCGUCUCGAUAAGGUAUUUUAAAAGAAUAAAGUUGUUCCGUUUGCCUGUAAUGUUCUAAUACCCAUCGAGUCCAGGAUUGAGUCCACUUUUUUAAUGGCGAGAAAACAAAAACACAGGUGAUGGGCGCUCCGUUCCCUCAGGCGGUUUUUAUUUCCUUUGACACCGUUUGAAAUGCAGUGGCUCUGCCUGAUGCUCUAUCAUGACUGAUGGCGAGGGGAGAGCGCGCUUUCAGUACGCAGAGUGCCCGGAGGGGCAGGAGCAAGAGGAGGUGCACGAGGAGGUGAGGCUCGCUAUACCGACGGCCUACAGAAAUGACGCCCCGGGUCAUGAUGUUGACCCUGGAGGAGGCCACGACGAGGAGGAAGCGGAGGAGGUGGAGAGGAGAGGGAGCGUCACAGGUCAGGGCAGUGGAGGAGAAUGGAGUCCUGAGGUUCGGGAGGAGCAGGAAGACCAGGAACCGGAGCUGGAAGUGGAAGUUGGACCAACAUUGGGAGUUCGCAUCAGGGCUCCUAUUCGGGAUCCAGACUGUGUCUCCGAGGAGGAGGAGCAGCAGCCGUACCCGGCCCUGGCCCCUGUGGCCUUCUUCUGCUUAAAGCAAACAACAAGGCCUCGCAACUGGUGUCUUCGAGUCGUCUGUAACCCAUGGUUCGAGCAUGUGUCCAUGCUGGUGAUCCUGCUCAACUGCGUGACUCUGGGGAUGUUCCAGCCCUGUGAAGAUGUCAGCUGCCAGUCAGAGUGGUGCCGCAUCCUACAGGUAUUGGACGACUGUAUCUUUGCUUUCUUUGCUGUGGAAAUGGUCAUCAAGAUGGUUGCCCUGGGGAUUUUUGGCUCCAAUUGUUACCUCGGUGACAAGUGGAACCAGCUUGACUUUGUCAUCGUCAUGGCGGGGGUAAUGGAGUAUUCUCUGGAUGGCCAUAACGCCAGUCUGUCAGCCAUCCGUACCGUCCGAGUGCUCAGGCCACUGAGGGCCAUCAACAGAGUACCAAGUAUGCGGAUCUUGGUGACACUGCUGUUGGACACCCUACCCAUGCUGGGAAAUGUCCUUCUUCUCUGCUUCUUUGUCUUUUUCAUCUUCGGGAUUGUUGGAGUCCAGCUGUGGGCGGGGCUGCUGCGCAACCGCUGCUUCUUGGGAGAGGACAUCAGAACAAUGUACAACUUGUCCAUAAGUCCUUACUACAUGUCAGAGGAGGGUGAAGACAGCCCGUUCAUCUGCUCUGCUCCCCGCGAGAACGGGAUGCUGCGCUGCCACAGUGUGCCGCCUCACACAGAGGGCGGGGCCGAGUGCUCAUUGGCCGCUCCCCAACAAAGCUCAGCUCUGAUUGGAUCAGUGGGUGGGGCCAGUGUUAACGGCUGUGUUAACUGGAACCAGUACUAUAAUGUGUGUCACCCCGGGGACCACAACCCUCACAAGGGAGCUGUCAACUUUGACAAUAUCGGCUACGCCUGGAUAGCCAUAUUCCAGGUCAUCACACUGGAGGGAUGGGUAGAUAUCAUGUACUAUGUCAUGGACGCUCACUCCUUCUACAAUUUUAUAUAUUUUAUACUGCUCAUUAUCGUGGGCUCUUUCUUCAUGAUCAACUUGUGCCUCGUGGUCAUCGCCACCCAGUUUUCCGAGACAAAGCAGAGGGAGAAUGCUCUGAUGAGGGAGCAGCGUGCUCGCUACAUGUCCAACGACUCCACGCUCGCCAGCUACAGCGAACCAGGCUCGUGCUACGAGGAGAUGCUACGCUACAUCAGCCACCUUUAUCGCAAAUUCACACGCAGGCUGCAGAGGAUAUACUCUGGAUGGCACAGUAAACGGCGUAAAAAGGUGAAUCCUAAUGGCAGCAGCGGAGGAAGUAACGGCGGGGGUAAUGGACACGGCCACAGCUCCAGCAGGACCUGUGGAGGCUUAGGCCCGGGUAGUGCAUUGUGGCUAAGACCGAUCCACAACCUUCUGCAGCACCAUCAGCACCAGCACUGUCGCCUCAGCAACGGGGGGCAGCACACCAUCACCGUGACAACCGCCGAGCACACGGACGGAGAAGGAGGGGAGGAGCUGGAGAUGAAGUCUCUUCCUGUCCGGAGAGGAAGUACAAAUGGAAAUAGCGGGAGCAGCGGGGGCAACCCAUCCGUCGUCACCCAGGGUAUGGGGGCGUUGCUCGGGCGACUGAACGGAGGGAUGAACUAUCCGACCAUUCUGCCGUCAUUUGUGUGCAGCUACAGCAGUAAGACACCGCCGCCCCACUCCCAGCAGUGUGGACACAGUCCGGAGCAGCACCCACCAAACCACCCAUCAUCUGAACACACAGAGACACUGAACAAGCUCUACCAGCUCAUGGGACAGCACAGUCGCCAGAGGCUGCUGUACCAGCUGGCAGGCGUGGUGCCCAGCCCUCUGCUCUUGGAGCUGCUCAGUUGCCCUUUGUGUGCCCGCAGCCUGGAGACCUUGGAGCUGGAACUGGGAGACCUGGAGGGAGGCAGAGGAGAGGCUGAUGGGCUGCACGACUUCCCCCAGGUCAGACUGCAAGUUGGUGGACUAAUGAUGACGGCGGGGGAUCUAAGAGGUGGGCGAUGUCGGAGCAGACGGCGAGGGGUCGUGGAUUACAAAAAUGGAGUGGUUUACGCCUGGGUAGGCUUCAGGGAAAAGCUGAAGAGGAUUGUGGAAAGUAAAUACUUCAACCGAGGGAUCAUGAUCGCCAUCCUCGUCAAUACUCUCAGCAUGGGGAUAGAGUACCAUGAACAGCCCGAGGAGUUGACUGAUGUGCUAGAGAUCAGCAACAUUGUCUUCACCAGCAUGUUCGUCUUGGAGAUGGGCUUCAUGCUGCUGGCUUUCGGCUUGUUUGGAUACAUCAGGAACCCGUACAACAUCUUUGACAGCAUCAUUGUGAUCAUCAGUGUGUGGGAGAUAAUUGGUCAGGCAGACGGUGGGUUGUCGGUCUUGCGAACAUUUCGUCUGCUGAGGGUUCUGAAGCUGGUUCGCUUCCUGCCCGCCCUGAGGAGACAACUGGUUGUGCUGAUGAAGACAAUGGACAAUGUGGCCACGUUCUGCAUGCUGCUGAUGCUUUUCAUCUUCACUUUCAGUAUACUGGGUAUGCAUCUGUUUGGCUGUAAAUUCGGUCUUCGGACAGAGACAGGAGACACCAUCCCUGACCGUAAGAACUUUGACACAUUGCUCUGGGCCAUCGUCACUGUAUUCCAGAUCCUUACCCAGGAGGACUGGAACGUGGUGUUGUAUAAUGGCAUGGCCUCAACCUCUCCGUGGGCAGCUCUCUACUUCGUCGCUCUUAUGACAUUCGGCAACUAUGUGCUCUUCAAUUUACUUGUGGCCAUCUUGGUUGAGGGCUUCCAGGCUGAGGGUGAUGCUAAUCGCUCGGAGUCAGACGAUGAAAAGAAAUCAGACAACUUUGAGGAAGACGAGAAGGUGGAACAGCUCAGAGACACUGAGCUAAAAAUGUACUCACUGAUGAUGACAGCCAACGGUCACGUUGACCCUCGAGGCUCAAUGGCUCCUCCGAUAAUCAUGCGUACGGCAGCCACACCCAUGCCCACUCCUAAGAGCUCUCUGGGACCGGACUCUGUCCUCGGAGAGGAGCUCAUGUACAAAGAGGGGGUGCCCCAGUAUGGCGAGGGAGGAAUUGGGGUUAGCCAGGCAGGAAGUAGUCGUGCGGAGUCUCGCCGUGGAAGCUCCACCUCAACCACCAUGGACCCCUUAGCCUUUGACCAGCAUUCUCUGAACCUCUCAAGUCCCGGCCGUCGCUCCCCUCUUCCUACCCGCUCGUGGGGAAGCCGCCGUUCCAGCUGGAACAGCCUGGGACGAGCGCCUAGCCUCAAAAGGCGAGACACCAGCGGCGAGAGGGAGAGCCUGUUGUCGGGGGAAGGGGGAGAGGAGGAAGAUGCUGGAAUGGACAAGGGGGAGGCGGGAGGAAACAACAGACUACGUCCAGACUCCUUGGAGCUGCUACAGGCAUCUACACUCUGCCCUUCGAUAAUCGCGGAGUACGGUGACUGUAAUGGGAGGACCCUGACCUAUGAUCCCACCGUGAACUGCGACCCCAAAGAUGACUCCUCGCCUGAAGAUGACUUGGAUGAUGACAGUUCUUUCUGCUUCUGGUUGAAAAAAGAGAUUCGUGACAUGAAGCCCCGCUGGUGCAAAGAGCACGAAGACUGGAAUCUGUAUUUGUUCUCUCCAGAGAGCAAAAUUCGUGGGUGGUGCCAAAGUGUGAUCUCUCACAAAUUGUUCGACCAUGUGGUUCUGGUUUUCAUCUUCCUCAACUGCAUCACCAUUGCCCUGGAAAGACCUGAUAUACAGCCUCACAGCACGGAGCGAAAGUUUCUGAGUGUGUCCAACUACGUUUUCACUGUGAUCUUCCUGGCAGAGAUGGCCAUUAAGGUUAUCGCUCUCGGUUUCUGCUUCGGGAAGCAGACAUACCUCCAGUCCAGCUGGAAUGUUCUAGAUGGUUUGUUGGUGUUUGUGUCUCUGGUCGACAUCCUGGUCUCUCUCGCCUAUACUGGCGGGAACAGGAUCCUGGGCAUCCUCAGAGUCCUGCGCCUGCUACGAACACUACGCCCACUGAGGGUGAUUAGCCGAGCCCCGGGAUUGAAGCUGGUUGUGGAGACGCUCAUCACCUCUCUCAGACCCAUCGGGAACAUUGUCCUUAUCUGCUGCGCCUUCUUCAUUGUGUUUGGCAUCUUGGGGGUGCAGCUGUUCAAAGGGAAGUUCUACCACUGUGAAGGUCUGGACACGAAAAACAUCACCAACAAGUCUGACUGUCUGCAGGCCAAUUACCGCUGGAUACGAAGAAAGUACAACUUUGACAACCUGAUUCAGGCUCUGAUGUCUUUGUUUGUGCUGUCCUGUAAGGACGGCUGGGUCAACAUCAUGUAUGACGGGCUGGAUGCAGUAGGAGUGGACCAACAGCCUGUAAGGAACCACAACCCCUGGAUGCUGCUCUACUUCAUCUCCUUCCUGCUCAUCGUCAGCUUCUUCGUCCUCAACAUGUUCGUCGGCGUCGUGGUGGAGAACUUCCACAAGUGCCGGCAGGACCAGGAAGAAGAGGAGGCUCGCUUACGGGAAGAGAAGAGGCUCAAAAUGAUAGAGAAAAAGCGCAGGAGUAAGGAGAAUGAAGGGGCUGAGGCCAAGCAGAGGCCUUACUAUGCCGACUACUCUCCCCUGCGUCUGUCCAUCCACACACUGUGCACCAGCCACUACCUGGACCUCUUUAUCACCUUCAUCAUCUGCAUCAACGUCUUCACCAUGAGCAUCGAGCACUACAAUCAGCCGCAGUAUUUAGAGGAGGUCCUGAAGUACUGUAACUACGUGUUUACCUGCAUCUUCAUCGUCGAGGCCCUGCUCAAACUCGCAGCAUUCGGCAUACACAGGUUCUUCAAAGACAGGUGGAAUCAGCUGGAUAUAGCUAUAGUGGCGCUGUCCAUCAUGGGCAUCACCUUGGAGGAGCUGAAAAUGAGCGCAGCACUGCCCAUAAAUCCCACCAUCAUCAGAAUCAUGAGAGUACUCAGAAUAGCACGAGUGCUGAAACUUCUGAAGAUGGCCACAGGGAUGCGAUCUCUGCUGGAUACUGUCAUGCAAGCGCUGCCGCAGGUGGGAAAUCUCGGCCUCCUCUUCAUGCUGCUCUUCUUCAUCUACGCUGCACUGGGAGUGGAGCUCUUUGGCAAACUGGAGUGCAAUGACAACAACCCGUGUGAGGGUCUGAGUCGCCAUGCAACCUUUGAGAACUUUGGGAUGGCCUUCCUCACACUGUUCCGAGUGUCCACUGGAGACAACUGGAAUGGGAUUAUGAAAGACACGUUAAGGGAGUGUCAUCCAGAAGACCGCCACUGUCUAACCUACCUGCCCGUGGUCUCUCCGAUUUACUUUGUCACGUUCGUGCUCAUGGCCCAGUUUGUUCUGGUCAAUGUGGUGGUGGCUGUUUUGAUGAAACAUCUGGAGGAAAGCAACAAGGAGGCUAAAGAGGACGCAGAGAUGGAUGCAGAGAUCGCCUUGGAAAUGGCACUGGAGAGGCAACGUAAAACAAGCACAACCUCCAGCAACAGUUCAGCAGGAGGGACCUACGUUGGGCCGUGUCCAAAUUCACCUGGAGAGGAAGAAGAGGUGCACUACGGCGACCAGGACCUGCUGUCGUUAAGGAAGAUGUCUGUAUCCAGGAUGCACUCUCUGCCUAACGACAGCUACAUGUUCAGACCUGUGCGGCCAGCCAGCGCCCCCUAUCCUUUGGAGGAGGUGGAGCUCAGUCCCCAGCACCAGCAUUCAGGCUCAGUGACGUCGAUCCACUCCCAGCCAUGUGAUAGUCGCACGCUGCUGCAGGUACCAGACGUUUCCCCCGUUCACCCCCGGUCACCUCCCACCCUCACUCUGCCCCGCAUUGCCCCGCCCACGCCCAGCCCCUCCCCACGGGCCCUGCGCAGACAGGUGGCUGUUAAAGUGGAUUCUAUGGAGUCCCAGGGUUGUGAGCACCAGGAGAGGCCCAACCCUGUCUACCUGCCUCCCCUCUCCCCUUCUCCCCUCUCUCCUCACACCUCCUCCCCAUCUCCCCUGCCUCCUCCUCCUCCCUCCUCUCCCUCAGCCCUCUCUCUCCCACCCUGCUCCCCCUCUGCCUUCCCACUCCCUCCUCCAUCCCCUCUGCAUCCCCUGCUCUCCUCUCCGUCUCCUCUCCCUCCUCCGCCAUCUUCCCCCUCGCUUCUUCUCCCACCUCCUCCCUCCCCCCGUCUCCCCUUGCGCCCUCCCAGCCUUCGGAGACCCAGACCGCCCUCUGCUGCUUCCCUUUGCGACCCGGCAGACGAAGAGGUGUAUCACAUCACCAGCUCGGCCCGCCUCAGGUGGGGAGACGAAGAGGGAGGAGGGCAGGAGAGCAGAGGGAAGAGCGGCCGCAGCCACUCCCUCUCCCCGUACACCGCCCUGUGCUCUCCCAACUCUUCCUCCACCUUCUCCCCUCCUCUUCCCCCACUACCACCUUCCACCUCGAGGAGCGCUCUCAGUCUGCUCGGGGUGGGCUUGACGGACCGUGACUUUAGGAAGGGUUUAAGCGUUGACAACAAGGCCGUCCUGGACAAGCCGUCAUCAUUGUCUGCCGGUCACCCCGAGGACCAUCGCCGCCACUCAAUCGAGGUCUGCCUCCCACAGGCUGUCAUCACCAGUGACGACCAACACUUUCCACGUGAGGCCCACCGGUCUGAAAAAAGUGGUCAGGGAUUUCCUGUGAGGGUGCAGUCAGUCGGGGGCGGCCACAGGAAGAAGAAGAUGAGCCCUCCUUGUAUAUCCAUCCACCCGCCCUCAGAGAAGGAACACCCCCACAUUGCCUCACCCCCAAAACUGGCUGACUGCAGCAUGAUGCUGAGACGCAGGACGCCAUCCUACGACUUGACCCCGCACACACAGUCCAACACGCAAGACGCCUCGGUGGAUUCACAGACGCGGACGCUCACACCUAUCCACGUACCGCUUCAAGCACACUCACCAACACACACUCUGACACCCUCGCGGGGGUCAACUCCGACACACACUCAUACACACACUCCACCUCACGCGUCCGCACCUACACUCCCAAACAUCCCAAUCAGCCCGAACAUCUUUAUCCAGCCUCACGCACCUCUCGUCCCGAUGCCUUUCUCACAGACACACUCCCUCUCCCCCGCCGCGAGGCACUCCACUCUCGCAGGAGACUACAUCCCCCUCCCCCAGUUCACCUUCGACCAACCACAGUCCAGAUACAUGAGCGGACUGUCAGCUGGCCUAUCAGACGCCGAUACAGCCACCUGCUCUUCCCCUUUCGACAACAGACUGGGGAGCGGCGCAGGAUUCAGUGCAAAGAAUCGGAGGACCGCCCAGUGAGCAUCGGGCAUUGCCUUCAGGAAGUGAAUUAACAGGUCCUUAAUCUCUGAAGCUGGUGCAGAGCGGCCUCGGCUGACCUCAGCAGAGAUUGGUGCCAGGGAGAAAGAAGUUUACCGGGAGAGGGAUUGUUUUUGUUUAGACGGAUACUGAAAAGACAUGAAUUAUUCUUUCCAGAGAGACGCUGGUACAGUCCCGUCCUACAAUAACAGACAGUGGAUCCAUUUUCCUAAACCCAGCUCGAUGGACAGCAGAUCCACUGAGGCUGUACCAACAGUACCACUGUACAUGGUGUGUUUGGGACUAAUACUGAUAACACACCAGAACUUAAGCCACCUAACUCCGUAGCCAAAGUUUUUUUUGACACACUGUCCCCACCCACGCUAGCCAAUCAGGAAGCAGCGUCUGGCUGACAACCUCUGACCUUUCACAGGAAGAGGUUUGUGAAAUGCGAGCGUGGGGGGAAUUGUGGGAUAUGCAACUUCAGGUUUUCUACAGAAGUUCUGCUUGCCCCUCCUCUGCUCCUCGAUCACAUUGAUCCGAGCAGAAGUGUGCGUGUGAGUGAGCGUGUCUGCGUUUUCCUACGUGCGAGUACUUGUCAAAAUCUGUUGUCAUGGAAGUCGGCCAUGUUAUUCUUUACGCCUGCGACGACAGAGAGGGGAAGCAGGGCAGAGCUGUAGUGUAUGUUUAUUUGUGUAUCUGUGCAGUGUAAAUAAAGGAAAAUACUGUAUUUGGUGAGAUUAAAAAUAGCUCUAUCCAUAUGCACAUAUUUUUAUAGAGAUCUAAAAAUGUUUUUUGCACACAAAUUUGAAUUUCAAGUUGCUUGUUUUUUUUUUUCCUCUGUUGUCCUCUUGUGAAUGUAUGUUUCUUUUCAAAACCGGAGAGAGCAACGAGGGAGCAUCGACCCUCCUCUCAACAGGCUAGCUGAGGUUGAGGAGGGGGAUUUUAUUUUUCUAUUUUGAAAAAGAGAGAGAAGGGAACAGGGGUGUGAUGUGUUUCUGUAGCUUCGUCUCAGAUUUCUCUGUGUUUGGUGUCUAAAUAACAGUCUUCAGAAGCGGGCUCAGUGAUGCAUGCCAAAUUCAUUUUAAGAUUUUCCACGCUGACGUCCCUGCGGAGAGGAGAGUUUGCGAUUUUGGUGUAAAUGUGUUGAGACUACUGGCUGUGUGCUGGCUCUCCACACAUUCAAAUUCUAAUGUGGCUAUUAUUCCAAAAGAAUCAGCAAGUAAAAAUAUAGUACAUUUUAUGCAACACAGAAAAAACUACUGUACUACAAUUUAUUUAUUUGCCCAGAUACAUUAUAAAACAACUUAACAAGGCAGCUAAAUAUCUCUGUGAGCUGCUGGCUAUUGGAAAACAAAUUGAAAAACGCAUAAGCUGUCAUCUCUGAGCCCCCCUUCUACAGCUGUUUUCAAGCUGGAUCAGCUUUGACACCACUUAGUGUUUCUGUACAUCUAAAGACAACCAAACUAACUAACUUACUAAAUAUGUGUAGCCAGAGUGCAAUAAUAAUAUAUACUUGUGGAAAAUAUAGUAACGUCCACACUACAUAAAACAACCACACUUUUGUGUUCGUACAUACUGUAGAACUACUAUAAUAUAUGAUAUAAACCCAUUUUUUUAUAUGAUGAUCGAGAGUAUUUCUAUCUCUAGUGUUCAUGCUACUAUAGGUACUUGCCCCCCUGCGCGUGGCUGUGGUGGCAUGGGUGUGGCUGGAAGCAGUGUUAGGUACUGUAGAUUUCUCUAAGAGCUCAGGCCCACCCGCUGAUGGUGUUAAUGUAAGCGGAAGAGCGACAUGCAUCUCUGCUGAGGACAAUAUAAUAAUCCAUUUGUCACCCCUCCCCGUCCAUGGUUUUAUUUUCCCUACUAACCCACUGCAUUAGAUCACGUUGAGACGACACACCACAUUUGUUACCUACAUAUCAGUUCUGUUAUAUUAACCUAUCUACAGAUGGACUCAUGCAAACCCCAGAGGUGUAAAUGACAAAGAAUGGCAAGCAGUUUCCUUCCUAGUGACAAAUGUUUUAUUACCACCAAGCCAUACCUUUAUUCUGACACAGCACAAUAUGUAUUUUACUCUGUUUUGUGCACAGUCCGGUUUGGCACAGGUAUACAAGAAGCAUGCUUGUAAACUGUUUAGGUACUACUGAUUCCUAUUUUAAAGGCAGCUGGCUGGGACGGCGCCAUUGUUUUUUGUUUUUUUUUAAACCAGCACGUAACACGCACAACUCCUCAGUAAGCUGAGUGAAAACCAAAGUGCUUUGCUGCUGCAUCAUAAUCACCACACGCCCAGUAUUUCAUAUCGUAAGAUUGUAUCCAUCUUGGUAGGUAUUGCCAACUAGGUUUAAAGUAUUUGUCGGUGAUUAGCUGAGUGACAAAGGGUCUCUGGAGGUCGGUAAAGCUUUGAAAUGGUGUUAAACCACUUGGACAACAAGUAAAGCCGUGAAUUUUAUUCAUGUGUCAUAUAUUUCUACGGGCAUUAAAGGUCCAGGGUGUAGGAUUCAAGGGGCAUCUAUUGGCAGAAAUGGUAUAUAAUAUUCUUAACUGUGUUUUCAUUAGUUUAUAAUCACCUGAAAAUAAGAAUUGUUGUGUUUUUGUUACCUUAGAUAUACCAAGCUGGUCUCUUCUACAGAGUCAGCCAUGUUGCUCUAUAGUAGCCCAGAGCCAGUGGCACCCCCAGAGAUCUUUCAUAGGCAUGGCCAGAUGGGGCCACCGAAAAUAUUCAGCAGGCACACCAAAACCUAGGGAUGCACAUAUUGGAUUUUUGGUGAUAUCCGACAUGCCGGCAUAGAACAAGUUAUUUAGCUGAUAACCUAUACCCGAUACAAUAUAUCCACUUUUUCCCUAAUUUUACUGCUCAUCAAGUCUCUUCUGUAGUGGAAUUCACAUCAUAUUAUGCAUGCGUACUCUUAUUGUGAUGGCCCACCAGCAGAUGGAAACAUUUAACAGAAUGCUUCUCAGUGUAUGUAAUAUUUAUUCAUUGUGUAAAAUGAGAAAAAGCAUGUUGGCCGAUUCUAAUAGUUCAUUUUAAAGCCAAUGUUGGCCGAUACUGAUGAUGCACCGAUAUCAUGUAGCCCUACCAAAACCAAAAGUCAUACCUGAUUUUCAAGAAUUCCAUCAUGCUGUUUUAUAGGAGAGUUAAAGAAUCACAUACUGAUAUACUAGUUUCUCAUUUUACAGUUAAUAUUACCAACUAUCUGAUGUGCAUAGACUACUACUACUACAAAUACUUUGAGUUGGAACAGGAACAAGGGGGAUUCAUCGUUCUUCAAAUAGACUUGAUGUCCUUUUUUUUUUUUUUUUUAAAGACGGACAUUCAGCUUUAAUCUGAAGGACUGCAUUGAUUGUAAGGAACGAACCAUUUACAGGGAACAAGCCUUCUCAAGUUUAGGGGAGACUCGUGGGUACCUAUAGAACCAAUCUUCAUUCGGAUUUCUUGAGGUGAGAGCUCAAGGGACCCCUUUGAGUAUGACCAUGCCAGUUGUUCCCAUGCCAAAAAUUGCGCCUAACUUUGGAAUGUUAUUUAACCCCUUUCCCAACAAGCUAUGCCGUCAUGGUUGGUACCAAUGGAUGCCUUAGGUUGUCUCGUUUCUCAAGAUACCACCACGUAGCUUAAAGAAUAAGUGUGCCACAGCCUCUUAAAGACAGCAAUGUUGGCCUGUAAUUAUUUUGCCAGGAGGUGGGGGGCAAUUGUACCUAGGGGCAUGGCGCCACUGCCUAGAAUAGACCAACAUAACACUGGCUCUAGACAUGGUCAUUCACGUUAUUGCAAUUUUGCUUCGGUUGCUGUAGUUCUCUUACACGCUUGGCACAUGGGAGAAGUUUCAGUUGGUUGCAGUCUGCAACCUCGCUGGUAGAUAGCACUCAAUCCUGCACACUGGACUUUUAAAUAAACCUUUAAAAAACAAAAUUUAAUUGGACAUAAUUUUUAUGCACAUUUUUCAGAUACAAAAUUGGCCCUACAUUAGGCUAAAACUAGCAUUUAACGGCUGUGAGUCUGCCGAUACCUUCAGAAACCCUUGAAACAUGAGCUAAGUGAUGAAGAAAAGAAGGUCCAGAUUGUCAUCAGAUUAUCAUUCUCCAUGACACACUCAUCAGCUUUACGUCUCCCAAGUAGUAUGCAUGUAGAGGGAAAAAUAGUGAGAUAAACAUCAGGUUAAAGGCAAAAAGAAAAGAAAAAAGUGAAGGCUGUAGCUUCAGUUUGCUACAGGACCACACUUUUGACCUUUGCGUGCAACAGCGCAGCCCCCUGAUUGGUUGUCCUCUGUGGAAAGAGCCACAUUUAGCAGUACAGUGCUGUUGGGAGUUCAAAAGUACAAAGUUGGAUGAAGGUUGGCAUGUUGCAAAGACAGAGAGAGAAAAGUUGCUGCUGAUCUUUUGAUAGCACUCUUCUUCCAGUUCUGACACACAGAAGCACAUCUGGAGUCGGAUUCUGAGAUGUCGUCCUCCCUCCGGUACAUGGCACAGUUGAUCAUCCCGUGGUUUAAAAUAAUUUAAAUACAGUAUGUGCUCGAACACACUGUCAUUGUGCAACUGCUUUGUCCUGUUUCAUGUCCUCUUCCUGCACAGAUCGUCAGCAAAUGGGAGGUUUUAAGUAGUCUGAGGACAGCCUCUUUCUGUCUCACUCUUAUUUGACUUAGUGCGGACGACCCCGAUCUACAGCAUAUUGCCAUAUUAAUCGACACAGUUUGGUAGAGUGACUGCAUAAUUGUUCUUACGAUUUACAGAUCUUUGGAUCUCAGUAUUUAAAUCCUGCUUUUGAGGAAACAGUUUUGACUAUUGCAUGUUCUGAUUUAAGAAAAAAAAAUCUUUUGGGAAAGAAUCAUCUGGAUGUUUUAGAGAUUUUGAUAUUUGCAUUUUCAGAUGUUUCCAUUUGUAGAUUGACUACCUAAUUGCACUGGGCUCUGAUUAAUUGGUAUCUGAUAAAAUACUGAUUAAAUGACCCUAUUCUUUAUUGUCCAAUGCAAUACUGGGUGGUUAUUUACUGUAUGAGGAAAGAGUUCCUCUUUAUACAGUUUUAUAGAGAGACAUGGAAACCUAGUUGGUUCUAUUUUGUUCAGAACCGACGUUAUUUAAUGUUGAGGUGAGCCUUUUUUUCACUUUUCCUCCUGAUACUCUAAACAUACUAGAACUCUGGUGAUGGUGAAACUAAUUAACUGAUGUAUAUUUUAUGUAGGAGUAGCCUCAGCCCUGAUGCUCUGUAACAGACAGACAGUGAUAAGUUGUGUUGUCUGGGUUGACACUGAGCUGGUGCGGCUUCGCAGUGAAGCCGAUCAUGCUCCUGACACAAGUGUCGCCCGACUGCAGAAAGUUCAAACUGUGAUAGAACUUGACUUUAAUGAAUCAGAAGCCUUGUGUUUUCUUUCUUUCUUUCUUUCUUUUAUUUUUUAUAACCCUUCAGUGAUUGGCCCAAACACCCCCACCCCCAAACCCCCCAAGCCUUACAAGGAGGGGAGGAGGUGUGUUCUAUAUCUGUCAGAGGAGAGUCAGUGUGUCUGCAAUAAUAAGCCCUCCAUUAUUCCCUGUGACAGAGGGAGACGGGAGGGGACAGGGGAGGUGUUUAAAGGCUCGACACACGGUCGGACUCUCUACAUUGUAUCGUUGCUGAUUAUUGUGUGAUGACCAACCAUUGUCCUGAAGGAUGUUUCCCUGUCAAUUA